AUGACGAGCUCGUCCCAGCACGCUCCAACCGUUUGGUGGAUUCUGGGCGGCGGCGGCCACUCCGCAGAGCUCGUGGACACGCCGCAGUGUUCAGUACUGUUUGCAGAGAGCGUCUGCCGCACGCGGACGCUCAGUGCCACGGCGCGCCUGACGGCUUGUGCUGCGACAGUCUGA